AUAGGUAACUAAGGUUCAAUAUGAAUAGAGUUUAACUUGGAAAUUAGUCCUUAAUGGUUCAAGUCUGUAUUCAUAUAACCUCCCGCUAUAUUGCUAUAAGACCAAUACGUCACUAGGGAUAGGCUGUUUCAAUGUUACGUAAGCUACAUUUUUCAUUAUACCUUGUGAUGUUUUAAGCGUUCACAGAGGUGUUAUAAAAGUGAUAAAAGAUAUGAAAACGGACCUUAUGAAUACAACUACAUAUAAAAACUGCUUAUAAUUUUGAUUACCUUUCUGAGGUAAAUUAAGUUUGGAUGAAAGUAAAAUGGCUGCCGCGUCUGGGUGUGUUGAAUGGUAGUGAAUCAUUUCUGAGGACAAAUAUGUAUCAAUUCCUGUUAAAGAAGAAGACCGACCUGCUCCACAUUUAGUGCCUCCACACACCGUCCAGUUUUCUCUCAUUAACUGGAAGACGCUGCGCACAGCUACACGCAUCGUCUGCUGAAGAUCGCCAGGAAACGCCCGGACGUGAUAGCCAUGGAGCAGAGUAGGGACACAGAAGCCGAAACCCUGCCACAAGCUGGAGGACGAUCUGUCAUCACGACACGCAGACACGUGAGAACUAUCACCACUGCGGGUCACAUCACCACGGGACACGUGGCCGAUGACGACGAGGAGUACGAAGAAAACCAACAGCAUCUUGAUCAUGGUCGACAAACAGCGACGCCCUCUCUGAACAAUCAGCAGCAACAGCAGCUGCUGAAACAGCAGACAAUCGUGACGGCAUCCCCACAUAACAAUGAAGUGUGUAUGACGCACAGCCCCAUGUCCAGCAAUCACACGCCCCCAGGCUCCGUGGGACAGCCACACGUCUCUGGAGCUGGACAACUCUUAAAUACCAAAGAAACUAUAAACACCAAUGAACCUUCACCGAACGGACAACAACAACAACAACAACAACAACAACAACAACAACAACAAAGCUAUGAGCAGCAGCUGCCAUACAGUCCUUCUCCUUCCAGUCAGGUGAGAUACGCGUCGCCCAUAAAUCAAAGCCUCUCUGUGCAGCCGCAAUCCGCCUUGUGUUACACCCCUACAACAGAGCACUACCACCAACAGCAGUCCAGCCCACCGCCGCCUCUCCUGGCCAUCCAACACCAUCCAGUGACCACAAACAUUCAGCAUCGCUUCACACCUACUCCCACAAUAGGCAGAACAACAGGCAACGGACAACCGCGGUAUGACUCGCCGACGCUGGACCACCAGCAACAGGAAGUGCAACAGCAGAGAUACUCUGCGACGCCCAUCCCUGUUAACCAAACCCACCAGCUGCUUCCACCACAAGAACAGCAACAAUUGCAGGGAUACCAACACCACAAUCACCAAGACAUGACUCCUUCACCAGAACUUGAAUACAUUCAUCACCAUCAGAUGAAUACUUAUGGUGACACAGGUAAUCCUUCAUUGCAAGUUAAGAAUGAAGGUCAUGAAGAAGGUGGGGGUACAAGUAGUGCUAAGUUGGCUCAAUUGCAGACGCUUAAGAACGAAGCCAACAGCAGUAACAACACCUCUAUCACUCCCCCGGGCAAUGCCACUCUGACACAACAAAUAGCCCACCAAACUGACGGUCAGGGGACGACAUACACCACCCUAGAGACCGUGUCCUCAGUCAACACAUACCAUGCAACUUACGCCGAGAACGCCGUUCCUUCACCGUACCAGCUGCAGCAGACUUCCAGUAUAUCAUCCCCAGGAUACUCGCCAUACCUUCACAAGACCGCCAAUGCAGAACUUUACACGCUGUAUCCUACAUCAGCUGGAGGAAUGACAAACAAAGUGGUCUCCCUCGGAUCCUCAGAAAGUCCACUGAUCUACACAAAAAGUGACCCAACGUUAACAUCAACUUCAAUAUCUGUCAAUUCUAAAUCUUCGACCCCACAACUUUACAGCGGCAUGCAGGUACAUAACCAAUCCCUUACCUAUGACCAGCACCAAACAUCAGGAUCUCCGACCUCUCAGCAAAUCACUCUGUAUGGUCAUGGAGGCACGGCGAGCUACAUCAGUAAGUUCCCGAUGCCUACCGAUCCAUCUACACAGUAUUGGACUACAUCUGGCAAUGGAUCGCCCACGGCCUUAGACUAUGUUGGCUCAGGUUAUGGAGGAACGGCCUUACAGAACUCUGUGGUUACCGACGGUAUCACAACGUCGUCUCCAAUUGCAGGGCCUUCGUCAUCUUGGAAUGUGUCAUUUGAUGACAAUUACGACCCUAGUCACAUACUAGGGGUGGACAUCAAGGAGUGUGUGAACUGUGGCGCAAGCGUGACGCCCCUGUGGAGGCGUGACGGCACUGGUCACUAUCUUUGUAAUGCGUGUGGUCUAUACAACAAAAUCAACGGGGUGAACAGACCACCAGUCCGGAGCCACACCAAGAAAGUCAAUUCGACCGGUAAUCGGCGGUCAGGUGUGACCUGUGCCAACUGCAACACCAACACGACAACUUUAUGGCGACGCAAUAACAACGGAGAGCCGGUCUGCAACGCCUGCGGUCUGUACUUCAAACUCCACGGGGUUAACCGUCCGCUUAGUAUGAAAAAAGAGGGUAUUCAGACGCGCAAAAGAAAACCAAAGAACCCAGGACAAGGGAGCCAGGGAUCACCAGCAGGGCCACUGUCUGGCGUCAUCAAGACAGACGUGAAGCCCGGCAUUCAACACGUGGACAAACUGGAGCUGACGCACAUGUAUGGCAGUGGAACUGGGAGUCCCGAUGUGAAGCCCCACCAGAUGUUACUCCAGCAGCAGACGCACGGGUCUCUCCUAGGCGACGAUCUGGGACCUCCAGGAGACCACUACGGCAGUCUGGGACCCGCGCCCUCCCAGUCCCCACUACUCCCCUCCACGAGCCUGCUCAACAGGCACAUCUCUAAUGUACCACCGCUAGAGCCAAUCCCCACGAGGCAGUCAGUUGACGUCUUGACAAGUGUCAUCACUUCCACAGCGAUCGUGAACAGUGAACAGCGAAACGACUGAUCCAGUUACCCGAAAACAAUCCUCUGUCUGGCCACGAUCAUAAAGCUUACAUGCAUUUGCCGACCAACGUUAUCCAGUGAAAGUUGUCUAGAAAUGGACAACGUAUUUAUCUCGCCCCUCCUGCAGAGACGAAUAUAGUUUUCUGCGUUACAAACUCGGUACUAAGAAGAAUAACAGACAGAAAGUGUAAUCAAAAGCUCGAAUAUUGGCUUUUAUAAUUUAUCUGAUCUCAGAAGAUGAUUUGGGAAAGUCUCGCUGAUUUGUGGACAGGAUAGGUCUCUACACGUGUUGACUUUCAGCAAUGGAUUCAGUAAUAAGGAACAUGACUUAAAUGAAAUCGAAAUGUACUGAUACAACUCAACCGGUUACUUAUCCAAAGUUAAGACAUUCGCUGAUCAGCCACUAAUUGCCAGUUUAAACCGGUAGGCCUAUGAGGCGUGCCUACAUUAACACAAGUGACUGCGAUUCGAAAAUAAUUACGCUUAAGCCAAAUGCGUAUUAAAACCCAUAAAUAUUCCUCAAAGUUUGCUCUAAGCUUUGUCAGGAUUUUGUAGAAAUUGUGCGACGUCUCUCAGGGAAGAAACGAAAUAUACUUCUGGAUCCGUUACGAUGAUGUAAAUCCCUGUUUACAAUUGGAAAUCUCGCUCUCUUGAGAGACAUUUGUCGUCUUUGGCAGUGGAUGUGUUAGUAUAUUAUAUAUCUCUCUCAGAGAGAAACAGGACAUUUCAGAGAUUCGAUACGAAAUGUGGAUGACAGGUGGAGUAUGACAAGAAGGCAUUAUACGGUGUGAUAGCCAAGUUCUGAGGGCGUCAAGAAGUACAUUCCAGCUGUUGGGAAAUCUACGUUUUUGGAGUUUGUCUCAGCUAACUACUACAGAGAAUUCGCUUCUGAAUACAAUUUACUACCAACAACUAAUCUGGCAUACAAGCCCUUGGUCUAAGCCUCUUUCUCUGCCGAUGACGUCAGCAUGCGUUCACUCUUCAUCGUCAAGUGUAGUUCUGUAUUUUUCUAAAAUUAAGCUACAAGAGUUUAAUUUAUGAUUAUGCAUAUAUUUUAUCGACAUUUCAAAAAAUAUUAUAUGUGAGUACAAUAAUGUUAGUACGGUUUGUCAUGACAAAACUACACGCAAUAGUUAAUUUUAUUCAUGUCCUUUAAAUGUACAUUUAAACAAUUUUUAUUUCUAUAAUGAAGUAUCUUUAUCAUGCAGUAGAUACAGACUAGCGUAGAGUAUUAAUCGUAUACAGUAGAUUCCGGUUAAUUGGGCCAUCGGUUAAUCGGGGCAGUUGUUUAUUUGGGACAGAUCUUAAAGAACAAACCUUUUAUAACGUCGCAUACAGCCGCUUAAUUGGGCCAAAGUGUUCUAGUCCCGAUGUGUCCCAAUUAACCGGAAUUCACUGAACAUAAAAAUUGUAUCCCUACUGGUUAAAUUAAUUCUGUUAACGAGUAAUCUAGUCAUCGUUGCCAAAUCCAUGUAAAAACAGGAAAUAAAUUACAAGUAAUAGCAAUAA